AUGCAACGUUUUCAUCGACUCGGUAGUGUUGGUCUUGGAUUGAUUAUUGUCGCUAUUACUCUUCAUCUUGUCGCAAUAUCAUUGGAUCAUUGGAAAUCAAUUAAGUGCAAGAACUGUACAGUUGGAUAUUACUUUAAGGAAUGGAGAUCAUCAAUUACAGACCGAUGUUAUCGAGUAUCCAUGCUUAAUUAUCUGAACAUUACGAAUGACUCUAGCGAAAUCAUACAUGAUCCAUUUACUGUUUAUAUUUGUGUACCAAAUCAAUACUUACUUCCAAAAAUUGAAGAUUAUACUGGUGAAUGUCUAGGAAAUAAAAUAAUUGGACCUCACAAUGCAUGCACUAGUAAAGAAUAUAAUCAUACUCUAUGCCAAUGCGAUUAUCCAGCAAGUACGAAAGCUAUUCUUGGAUUGACUAUAAUUUCAAGUGUUACACUUGGUUUGAUGAUCAUUGCCGGUCAUUUUGCGAGUUAUAUUGAACAUGAUUUUAUCCUAAAAUGGCUUAUACCUUAUGGAUUUAUUUCAUUAGUGAUAGCAUUUGUUAGCAUGGUUGCCAUUCUUUUGCUAACAGGUACAAAUGAAAUUGAAGAUGUAGAUUACAUUGUUGAUUGGAGAUUAAAAGCAUACGCAUACAAUAUCAGUUCAUCUUCACUCAAUGAUACAAAUAUAGAUAGUGAAUUAAAUCCAGACAAUUUUACUACUGCACUUGGUUACUCUUUUGUUAUAGAAGUUUUUGCAGCCUAUUUUACUCUUAUAUCAGCAGUUAUAUAUGCUUUAAUGUUUCUUGCUAAAAAACGACCAAAUGCGUAA